AUGUGUGAAGUGCGACUAGCCCUGCUCUCGUUACAAGCUGCACUGGAUGCUUCAGGAGCACAGGGUUACAAAACACCUUCCCGGGCCAUUUGGGAGCUGCACGCGUUCACACCCGGGGCCAGCCCGGUGAGCCUUCACGCGCAGCCUUUUUGUUUACGCGGUGAGAACGCGAAGCUCCGCACGCGCGAAGGCCGCGAGGUUUUUAUAAAAGCGGGAGGUCGGCGAGCAGAGCCCGCGGCUUCUGCCGGCCCGGGCCGCGCCAUGGAAGUCGCAGCGAACGUGGAGCACUCGGAGGACGCGCAGCACGCGGAGAGCCAGGCCUGCGAGCGCGCCCACUGCACCCGCCAAGCGCCCGUGGCCUGCGACGGCCCGACACGGCGCGGGGGCGCGGACUCCGGGUCCGGAGUCUUCUGGAGACCGUGGCUGGACGUCCAAGGCCGGGAAGAGAAGCAGGCGGGGACCCUCGCCACGGAAGAGGAACCCCGUGGUCCCGGAAUGACCGAAGCCUCGGGAAAGCUUUUCCAGUACCAACACCCUGUCAGACUAUUUUGGCCCAAAUCAAAGUGUUAUGAUUACUUAUAUCAAGAAGCAGAAGCGCUCCUGAAAAAUUUUCCAAUUCAAGCCACAAUCUCAUUUUAUGAAGAUUCAGAUAGUGAAGAUGAAAUUGAGGAGCUGAUUUGUGAAAAUUAAUCUUAAUUUUUAUGACAUUCCAGGUUAUAAGAUUAAAAUUCAGUGUAUACAUGUAUUAUAAUCCUUUCAAACUAAUUUAUUUGUAUAUAAACUAUUAAUAAAAUAAAAUACUUUGUAAUUCUUAA